CUGGAUUAAUAGUUGUCCUGAGUCGAGCCAUUUCAUACUCAGAGAGCAGACACUCCACCUGAGGGACCACUACUCCAACAUUCUGCUCCUCCAGUGGACCACACAUACACACCAACCCACAUGGAUACCCCAAAGUGAUCUCACAGCCGUCACCAUGGUAACCCGGGACGGAACCACAAUCGCCGUCCCCGAGCAACAGCGCCACACCGGGCGACACGUCAGAUGGCAAAGAGAUGCAUUUUUCCUUCCUUUCCAAGUAUCAACAAGGACGUAUUUGCAACCGUUCGCAAAUGGCGGAUGGCGAAGUAUGAUUGGUCAGAUCACCUGUCAAUCAAGCUCCCUGCUGCGCAGUGUAAGUUACCUCAGUCGCUCUAGCGCUACAGUGGUAUCGUGACAAGAACAUCGCCGGAUCGGAUGAUCUGGCAUACACAGACUCAUGGCCAAGCUAGCACUAAACAGCCCUGAAUUAAAGUCUAUCGAACAGGGGGUCAAGAAUCAUUUUAAAUGGAGCUGGUUGCUGGAGACUGUCCAAGUUGAGGGAAACACUUUCUCACUCAGUUGCUUUAGCAAAAUUAGAGAACCAGGCAAAGCUAUUUGCAACAUUUGCAACCACCCUAUUAACUAUGGCACAAGUGGGAAGAUUGCACUCCGGAAACAUAUGAUGCAUCCAAAACAUGUGAAACUGUGGAAGAUCCAACAGCAGAACAUGCACAUUGAGAUCGCACGAGCUGAUAACAUCAUUGUUGCGGCUCCGCACAACAACUCGGCGCAACCCAGAUCAAUUCCUCCUCUAUGCAACCGUGUUGCUCAGGAUCAAGCACUCAUGCUUGGAUUUAUUGCUGAAAAUUCUCUUCCACUGUCAGUUACGUCUGGGAUUAUUAAAUUGGCUCAAGAGUUGGCCAAAGAUCCAAAAGCACUUGCUGAACUGUCAAUGGACAGGACAUCUGCCUCAUAUAAGCUCACCCAUGGUGUGAAGAAGACUAUCCUGGAUGAAGUACUUGAGGAAAUCAGAAGUGUCCCCUUCUCCCUCAACGUUGAUGAGGCCACAAGCAAGACAAACAAAAGAGUAUUAGGUGUGCUUGUGAGCUACUGGUCCGAGAAACACGAGAGGAUGGUUGUCCAACACCUUGCAGCUUUGGAGCUCAUAUCUGUAACGGCAGAAUCUCUCUUCAGUGCACUGGAUGGGCUUUUUGAAAGGAUGAAUCUCCCAUGGGAUAAUCUGGUGUCAAUUCUCAUGGACUCCUGUGCUGUUAUGAGGGGCUCUAAAAAUGGCUUGGAAAAGAAGAUCAGAGACCGCCGUGCCCCUCAUCUCCUCGACAUCGAUGGUGACUCAUGUCACCACCUUCAUAAUGCCAGCAAGAAAUUGUGCUGUCCUUUUGAGCGUUGGGUUGAGUCUUUGCUGUCAGACCUGCACACAGACCACAAAUGGUCAGCUGACAUGAAAGAUGGCCUCAGAGAAAUUUGCAGCAUAUUUGGAAUCCGUUUCUCGCGGCCAGAGUGCUAUAUUCCACACCGGUGGCUCUCAGUCUUGGAUGUCAGUCUGGAAACAUUGCGAAUGUGGGAUGCACUGGUCAUGUUUUACUAUGCCUUCCUGAGUAAUGAAGAUAAGUGUACAUACAAGGACAUUGUCAGUGCCAUUCUACAGAAGCGUGAAGUACAGGAAACAGGCAGGGCCCGGAUCAAGGAGUUGUGGAAGGAGUUGGGGAACAGGUCCAAGAACUUCACAAACGAGGGGAAGAUGAGGAAGGUCAGGAUUUGCAAGAAGGUGCUAACAAGAAAACCCUCCUUGAGCUCCACUUCUAUUCAGCAGUCCUUCCCAUGCUGAAACAUUACGUCCUGCUUUUUCAGUCCAAGGACCCAAAGGUUCAUAAACUCCAUGAUGAGCAGGAGAAACUUGUCAGGGAGUUUUUAUCUUGCUUCAUCAAGCCAGAAGAAUUGAUUAACAGCAAAGGAAGGAAUCUGUCCGGGCCAAAGAUGAAGUUGCUUGACCUGACAUCGACAGAGGCCCAUCUUGCAGCACCUUUUGUUGGCUCUGAGGCCUCAUCCCUCCUUGACCAACUAGGGAGGGAGCACCCUGUGGUGAAGGCUUUCAAAACUAAGGUAAUCCAAGCCUACACCAGCUGUGCAGGUGACCUUCAAACAAAGCUACCUCUUGACAGUCCAACCCUAAGGACUCUGUCAUGCUUGGACCCAGAUGCACGGGGAAGCCAUCACAUUCUUCCUCAUCUCCAGAAGUUGCCGAACAUGUUUCCAGCUGUGAAGCUUAAUGAACUGGAGAGAGCUGGAUUUCAACAUGAAAUACACAGAUAUGCAAGUGACAUGACACUACCUCAGAUGACAGAGGAGGCAAGAGUUGAUUUAUGGUGGAAUAUUGUGAGAAAGACUCAGAGGUACCCAGCGCUCUGCAAGCUUGCACUGUCUGUACUAUGCCCAUUUCAUGGUCCACAGGUGGACUCAGCAUUCAGUGUAAUGUCCAACAUCCUGCAAGCCAAAGCUGCCAACCUAAGUGUUGAGACAUACGAGUCCUAUCAAGUGGUCACAUACAACCUUGCAGGUGUCGGCCAUGAAGGUGUCGGCCAUUCAGCACUACUCCAGGAAGACAAAGGAGAGUCCUGUUAAUGUACAGCUGUGCAGAAAUGUAAAACUAUCGAGCCAAAGGUACAGAGCUCUGCUCAGAGAUAAAGAAGAACUGAACAAAAGGCCUUAUAACUCUGAGAAGCCAACGGCCGGCAAGAAAAUGGCAAAAGAUGCCAUCGUGGCAGCAGCUGUGAGUGCCAGGCGCAAAUUCCAAAAGAAAUGUGUAGAGGCUCUAAAAAAGCUUGCUACAAAGGCUAAAGAGUCAUACAAAAAUCGAGGCCUUCUUUUGACAUAAACAUUUGCAUGUUGCACAUUUAGCAGUUAAAGUUGGGUAAAAAUGUAAAACAAAAAUAAGUUAAAAUAUAUUUUUUUGUCAUGGUUGUUGUUAUAGAGAGAGGUGGUGAUGGAGCAGUGGACAAGACACUUGCUUUUGAUUCCCACUGUUACACAUCCACCAAAUAAGUUAUGUGUCAUACUGUACAAAAAAAAGUUGCAUGUUAAAUAAAUUACAAUGUAUUUUUUUGUUCAAAUAAGUUGUUAUGGGUCCUGCUUUACUAUCCAUAUAGAUCCGCCACCAGUUUGAUCGGCGUGGGGGGGGUUGUCUUAGUAUAUUUUCCUGCUUUUUUGUCCUUAGCCAAUCACAUGCCUGUAGAAUCUACUUAUAUUUUAUAAGCAAUGCAGUAAAACUUAAAUAUUGUGUUCAAUUGUAAUUAAAUGGUUUAAUUAGAUACAAAAUCUGGGCUUACAGAGAUGAUAGCCAGGAUGUUACAGAAUAAUAAUUUAAUGAAAACCUAAUUUUGACCAAAAAAUGACAUUCGAUCUAUGUUUCGAAUUUCCUGAAAAUGUCCCAGCGCGACAUGCGACGGGUUUUCCCAGAUCACAUCACGUAUAUAUCCAGUAAGCCAUUCAGCAAAGCAGACCCA